AUGACGCUCGCCCUUGACGCCUUACACCUGUCACCCAGCUACACUCGACGCGCGGUCGCACCCAAGAUGAUUACCGACAGCCAACUCUACUCGCUCGCCAUCUUCCUCGGAAGCGCUGCCAUGCUGCUCAUCGUCCUAUACCAUUUCCUCGAGGUCAAUUCCGACGAUCACAAAGUUGAGGAGAAGCCCAAGGCCGCGUCAGGCAAGGUCAAGGCAUGA